AUGUGUAUCUGUAGUUCCCCUCCUGACCUCCAGUUGUGUAGUUUAUUAGUGAGUUUUAAACAUAGACAGUAUAAGAACGGUUUGAAGAAGACAGAGCUCCAGGUAAACCCGCACACACACACUCAGGAGCCCUCAGCAGACGUCAAGCUGGCGACCGGAGCAGGAAAGAAGGGCAAGAAGGCCCAGGAGGAGGAGCAGCCUGCAGCACCUCCUGCAGCUGCAGCAGUGAAGGAGGAAGAGGAGGAGGAGCAGCCUGCAGCACCUCCUGCAGCUGCAGCAGUGAAGGAGGAGGAGGAGGAAGAGGAGGAGUAUGUGGUAGAGAAGGUGUUGGACCGCAGAGUGGUGAAGGGAAGAGUAGAGUUCCUGCUGAAAUGGAAGGGGUUCUCAGAUGAGGAUAACACAUGGGAGCCUCAAGACAACCUGGACUGCCCCGAUCUUAUCACCGAGUACACGCAGAAACACAAGGAGAAGGAGGAGAAGAAGAAGGAGGGAAACAGGAAAGUUGACAGUGAGGCCUCGGGAGACUCAGAAGAGCGAGGGAGCAAGAGGAAGAAGGAGGAGAAACGGAGAGAAGGAGAGGGACCCAAACGUCAUCACUGUCAACACUGUGACAAAUCCUUCACAACAUCUGGAUAUUUAAAGAUUCAUCAGAGAGUUCACACUGAAGACAAUCUACACAGCUGUGAUCAAUGUGGGGCAGCUUUCACACUAAAGAGUACCCUAAAAAUACAUGAACGCAUUCACACUGAAGAAAAGCCUUACAGCUGUGAUCAAUGUGGUGCAACAUUUUCUCAGAGUGGUCACUUUAAAUGUCAUCAACACAUUCACACUGGAGAGAAGCCUUACAGCUGUGAUCAAUGUGGGGCAGCUUUCACACGACAGAGUUACCUAAAAAGUCAUCAACGCAUUCACACUGGAGAAAAGCCUUACAGCUGUGAUCAAUGUGGUACAAAAUUUUCUCAGAGUGGUCACCUUAAAGCUCACCAGCGUGUUCACACAGGAGAGAAACCUUACAGCUGUGAUCAAUGUGGUAAAACCUUUUCUAUGAGUGGUAGCCUAAAAAUCCACCGACGUGUUCACACUGGAGAGAAGCCGUACUGGUGUGAACAGUGUGGUAAAACUUUUUCUCAGAGUAGUGACCUUAAAAAACACCAGCGCGUUCACACUGGAGAGAAGCCGUACUGGUGUGAUCAAUGUGGUAAAACUUUUUCUCAGAGUAGUGACCUUAAAAAACACCAGCGCAUUCACACUGGAGAGAAGCCGUACUGGUGUGAACAAUGUGGUAAGACUUUUUCUCUGAGUGGUCACCUUAAAAGACACCAGCGCAUUCACACUGCCUCGUUGUGAACAUGUUUCAGAGCCAAGCUGUGUCCUCCUGCCUCCUCCUCAUGCCCUGAUAGCUGUGUUGUUAUUUUCUGAUCUUCUCUCCACAUUGAAGGCUGACCAGCAGUAACUUUAUCUUCUGAACAGCAUGUAUGUUAUCCUGGCUACGACUACACAUUACACUCCCUCCCUUUGAAGGGAUUUAUUCCACUCAAAAUUAGUUUGUUUUCCUGUAAUAUAAUAUUCUGAGUUCAGGGUUCAACUGCUAGUGCUUUUUAACUAAUGCUGCAACGAAGAAGUAUUUGUUGUUGUUAAUUAAUCACCUGGUAAAUACAAUUUACAAAAAUCCCCAUCACUGUUUACUAAGGUGAUGUCAACUUGCUGAAAUAUUCAGUUUAUUGUCACUUAAGACGACAAAAGCUUUAAUCAGAACAUGGCUGCUGCUGCUAAAAAAUGACUUGAACAGUUAAUGUGUUUAAACUGUGUCUGUGCCGCCGCCAUCUUGGGACAGACAACUGAUCUUAAAGACUCAGAAAAAGAUAGUUGUACUGCUUUUGGAUGUUCAUGUGAAAGAAAUGCUAAACUAAGCAACAUGGAAUAACAUUUCACGGAUGAAAAAUGUGUUUUACAAUAUUAUACUAUUACUAAAGUUUUGAAUUUAAUAUCACAAAAGGUAACAUUAAUCCUUCUUUUAAGCUAACAGGAAGUUAAGUGACUGUCCUGAUACUGAAUUGAGCUAAUGCUAGCUUGUGUCAGGUCAUGUAUGUUUUAUUUGAGUGAUUAUUAAUAUCUCAGUAAGAUGCUGAAAACGAUGUUUGUUAUGUGUGUCACUGAACAGUUCCUCGCAUCAUUCCCCAUAGACCCCCAUGUGAAAAAAUCCAAACUUUACAUCAGAAAUAAACAUGUUUACAGC